GCAUAGAGGAAGCUUGGCAGGAAAGCAGAAAGACAGGCAAUCCAUCUUGAUGACGCCGGAGUCUUUUCGUCUUGGCUGUUUUGCUCUCAGGUUUCGGCGAUCCAGAUCGACCAUCCGCUGUCUGGGACCAGAGUGGUCAUGUCCCGUACCGUGGCGCUCAAACCCCCUAGUCGGGCCCUGGUAGGCCAUCACCACGACGUCGUGGGGUCGCUCUUUUGUGCCCGUGGCCCCCGAAGAGUUUUGCAUUCCUCAUGGGUCCCUCUUGGCAAAAAGAAAAUUGUUUGGUCCCAGCAACAACAAUCUCUACGCUAAUAUUCUCAACUCCCCAAAGUUGCCUGAAAUGGAAGACUGACGGCGGGGCGCGCCCAGCAUGUGCAGCCUAAUGGCUGAUGAUGAUCUCGACGGGAAGGCUUUCAGGGGAGGCCAGCCAAGAAUGCCUUGGCUGCCGUUGCCAAUGAUAAAAAGUCUUGGUUUUCCCUCUCCAGUCUUGACGAUGUUGGACUUCUUUCGACCCAUCCCGGAGAUCGCUCUCGUCCAGCCUACGUCUUUUACUCUCACGGUUCAAUCUUUGUUCCUCUUCACUUCUUUGUGUAUCGUGUGCUCUUGUUUUUAUACAUUGUUCACACCAUCACUCUCAAGGGCUGGUCUCUGCUUGGAUUUUAUUUUUUUAUUUUUACUAUAUACCAAAAACACCCACGUCAGUCCUACGUGACCGCAAAAACUGCAAAAAAUGUCUGCCUCGCUUUUGUUUGGUCUUAGCAUUUUGGCCGCGUCUGUGACGCCGGUUAUGUCAUCAUGUGCCUAUGGUACUCACUUGAUGCCUAGGGCAGAGGGUGGUGAGGUCAAGGUUAACACUUUCGGAUAUGCCGGUUCUAUUGCGCCCGCCAACUGGGUCAACCUCGACCCUACUGCCAACGCUCUCUGCAACACUGGCACUAGGCAGAGCCCCAUCUCCAUGACCACAGGAAACUUCCAGGUUGUCCAGGCCUCCGAGGUCACGUUGGACAUUCCUGACUUCCCGGCCACAGAGUUUGAGAACUUGGGUACCACUGUCGAGGUCAUCGCCAAGGGUGGCAAGAUGAGCGUUGCUGGCGUGGACUACGACCUUCAACAGUUCCAUUUCCACCUUCCUUCGGAGCACCUGGACAACGGCACCAGCAUGGCCAUGGAAAUGCACAUGGUCUGGCAAUCCGCUGCCAAGGAGAUUGCUGUCAUUGGAAUGUACAUUGACAUUGAGGGAAACGCUGCCGCCGCCCCGGCCGAGACCUCGGCCGCCGCCCUGCCUGCCCGCCGCCAUGCCCGUCACCUCGAGGCUCGCGAGGACGCUGCCCCAGCUGCUGCUGAGCCUGCUGCAGCCGUCCCCGCCAUGCAACAGAUGGGCGAGACCGCCAGGGUUGCCGCUGCUGCCGUCAAGUCUAACCUUCUGGCCACUCUCAUGCCCGAGGUCUCAAAGAUCGCCACACCCGGUACCAAGACCGAGACGCCGCCUCUGGUCAUGUCUGAGCUGGUUGAGCAAAUCAAGUCGGGCUCCUUCCAGAGCUACUCGGGAUCCCUGACCACCCCUCCUUGCAGCGAAGGUGUCACCUGGCUCGUGUCGACCCAGAAGCUCGCCGUCUCGACCGAGAACUUCUUCGCCAUGCGCAACGUCAUCGGCUUCAACGCCCGCUUUGCCCAGAACAACCCUGGCCAGCCUAACCUGAUGUCCCUUGCCAGCGCCGCUACCGGUGGUUCCAAGAACGGCACGCGGCUGACAGAGGCUGAGAAGGCAGCCAAGAAGGCUCAGAAGGCAGCCAAGAAGGCCGGCAAGGCCGGCAACGCUACUGCACCGGCCGCUGUUGCUCGUGCCGUCCUUGGUUCCGCCUCUUUGUAAAUAUGGGACUAACUGCCUUGCGGAAGAGGGCUUUACAACAUAAAAGAUAUCAUAGUGAACACAAAAGAAGACUUGAAGCUCGCCCGCCUCCUAGAGAAUAUUGUUUGUCAAAGAGCCAAUCGACAAAAAAAUAAAUGUCGAGUCGCGGUACUAGAGAAUGGCUUUUUUUGUUGGAUAUAUACAUGCAUGAUUUGUACAUAUGGUGAUCACUUUUCCUAGCGGGUUUGAUUUUCUUUGUCUUUUUUGUUGGAGAUACUCCGUUUAGUUUUUGGACAUAGAUUUGUAAAUAGAUACAUGGAGAAGAAUCAUGUGGAAAGGGGAGUAGGCCCUAUCAAAUAGAAACUGCCUCGUAGUUCUGCAAACCAUGGGUUGUGGUACGCCGCUCCA